AUGCCUUGUCAUAUUGAUACAAUUGUAAGGAUAAAGCAAGUUCGUUUGACUGAUAGGGAAGAUUUAAAUUUGACUAUCGUGUGGGCUAUUGGUCUUUAUCCUCUUGAAAGUGAAGAUCGGGAAUUGGAUUUAGUUUUGUUUGUUCCGUUAAAGGAAGAUGAGAGAGAUCCUAAUAUUCAAUCGAUAUUUGUUAAGGAUGAGUAUUAUUGUAUUAGCGGAAAAGUUGUGCCUGAAAAUAUUAACGAUAAUUUUAAAUUAAAAAUGACUGUUUCAACCUCUACUCAUAUUAAUAUUAAGAGGGAUCUCGGUUCGAAUUGGUGCCCAUUAAAAGUUUCAUUGGUCGGUAUUGCUCAAGAUGUUAUGAAGGAAUUUAAUAAAGAGAGUGCGUUAGUUAAUAUUCUAGUUAGGGAUUAUGCUGGGCAGAAAAAGUAUAGUUUCGUAGUCAAGAUCGUAUUUCCAUAUCAAAAUAUUGGUAAUUUAUACGCAAAUGCUGUUGAUAUUUCUUAUGUUGAUGUCCCUUCUGUUAUUAAAAAAAAAGUUUCAGAUUCUAUUAGUUCACAAAUUUCUUCAGAUUGUUAUAGUUCUGUUCGUUCGAAACUUUUGAUUGCUCAUCAAAGUGCUUGCGAAGGUUUAGAUAAGGUUUUGGUUGUUGAAGGUUCAGAUGGCGUUGGGUCUGUGGUUGAUUCAACUGUUGGUAAUAGCAAUUUCUUAAAGCUUGAUGAUGAGGCAGAUGAGUAUGUUGAGUAUGUUGAUUUGGAUUGUAAUGAAGAUAAAUGCGUAAUUGAACAUAAUGAUGAAUGUGUUGAAGGAAGUAGCAGAUGUGGGGAAAAGUUUCUUAUAAAGUUAAUGAAGAUAUCGAUUUUAAUAAAAAGACAAGUAAGG